UUGCAUGCUGGGUAAACACGUGUGACUGGAUCGGAGAGAAGGAGAGUCCGUUGGUGACGCUGCGAUUUUACCGCCAUGUCGUCCAAAAAGAACCAGGAUGGGGACGAGCGCUUUCUCCGGGUCCAGAAGGACCCGCGGUUCUGGGAGAUGCCCGAGAGGGAGCACAAAGUCAAGAUCGACAAACGCUUCCAGUCCAUGUUCCACGACAAACGCUUCAAGGUGAAGUACACGGUGGACAAACGAGGACGCCCCAUCAACCACACCUCCGCAGAGGACCUGAGGCGCUUCUACAAACUGUCCGACUCAGAGGACGAAGACGAGGAGGACGAAGAGGCCAAAGGUGGGAAGGCGGCAGAGAAGAAAAAGAAGAAAAAGAAAGCGAAGAAGGAUGGUGGCUCUGAAGCAGAGCAGCCUGAACGAGGAGUGAGAGUCACUGCAGAAGGUGAUGAAGAUGAUGAGGAGCAGCAGUCUGCAGAGGAGGACGAUGUUGACCUAGGAGACAGUGUGUCUGAUGGCAGUGAGGAGGAGGAGGAGGAGGAGGAGGAGAGUGAUGAGGCGAGUGGCUCUGAUGAAGAGGAGUCCGGUCUGGAUUCGGGGGAUGACAGUGACAGCGGCCCGGAUCUGGCCCGAGGGAAGGGCAACGUAGAGACCAGCUCAGACGAAGAUGACGAGGAUGAUGUGGACGCCAUCCUGAUAAAAGAGGAAGAGGAGAUCGAGCACGACUGGGGGGAGCUGUGCAAAGACGCACCGCGGAGCGAUGAGGUUUCUGCUCGGCUCGCCGUCUGCAACAUGGACUGGGACCGGAUGAAGGCCAGAGACCUGCUGGCUCUGUUCAACUCCUUCACCCCCAAAGGAGGAGCCGUGCUCUCUGUGAAGAUCUACUCGUCAGAGUUUGGGAAGGAGAGGCUGAAGGUGGAGGAGACUCAAGGACCGAUGGAGCUGAAGGCGCUGCCCGACGACUCGGAGGACGACACGGAGGAGGAGAGGGUUUACAGAGAGAAGCUGCGUGACUACCAGUUCAAACGUCUGAAGUAUUUCUACGCCGUGGUGGAGUGCGACUCAGCUGACACGGCUGCAAAGAUCUACCAGGAGUGUGACGGCUACGAGUACGAGAGCAGCUGCUCCGUCCUGGACCUCCGCUUCAUUCCUGAUGACGUGAAGUUUGACGAGGAGCCCAAAGACGUGGCGACGGACGUGAACCUGUCGGCCUACACGCCCAAACUCUUCACCUCGUCUGCGAGCUCCACCUCAAAGGUGCAGCUGACGUGGGAUGAAACCGACCACGAGCGCGUGACGGCCCUGAACAGGAAGUUCAACAAAAACGAACUGCUGGACAUGGACUUCAAAGCCUACCUGGCCUCCUCCAGCGAAGAAGAAGAAGAGGAGGAGGAGGAGGAGGAAGGUGGUGAUGGAGACGUUGAAGGCAGUGACGAGGAUGUGAGCACAGCAAGAGAAGAGCAUGCGAUGGAGGCGGAGAACAAAAACCAGGAGAAGAAGAAGAAGAGCAAGGAGCAGAUCUCCAAGUACAGAGAGCUGCUGAAAGGCAUCCAGGACAAAGAGAAGAAGGUGCAGGAGGACAAAGACAUGGAGAUGGAGGUCACCUGGGUGCCAGGCCUGAAGGAGACGACGGAGCAGCUGGUGAAGAAGAAGCUGGAGGGGAAGGACACACUGACGCCCUGGGAGGAGUUCCUGCAGAAGAAGAUAGAGAAGAAGAGGCAGAAGAAGUCUGAAAGAAAACAGGGAGCGGGCGAGGCGGCGCUCAGCGACGACGAGCUUCCUCCAGACGUCGACCUCAGCGACCCCUUCUUCUCCGAGGAGCUCGGAACUGCAGACCUGAAGAAGAAACAGAAAGGAAAGAAAAGCCAGAAGAAGAAGCAGAAGGAAGAGGAGCGGACCGCUGAGGAGGAAGAGGAGCUGCAGAAACAAAAGGCUGAGAUGGCUCUGCUGAUGGAGGACGACGACGGCAAACACAAACACUUCAACUACGACAAGAUCGUGGAGCAGCAGAACCUGAGCAAGAAGAAGAGGAAGAAGCUGCUGAAGAAAGGCGAGGAGCUGCCAGAGGACGACGACUUCCAGGUGGAUGUUAAAGACCCUCGUUUCCAGGCCAUGUUCACCUCCCACCUCUUCAACCUGGACCCCUCCCACCCCAGCUACAAGAAGACCAAAGCCACGCAGAGCAUCCUGGCUGAGAAACAGCGCAGGCGAGCGGAGGAGCAGCGCCACCUGGAGGACGCUCAGAAGACCACGCCCGUGCAGGCAGAGCUAGGCAGGAAACCGGAAGUAGCAGGGAAGAGACAGGAAAACGAGUCUGAUGCUCAGACGACAAAGAAGCAGAUGGACCCGAGUCUGACGCUGCUCGUCAAAUCCAUUAAAAGCAAAACGGAGCAGUUUCAGGCUCGGAAGAAGCAGAAACUCAUGUAGAUGCUACGAACUCCCUUCAGGUCGCUUUGGACUGAUCACACAGGAUCUGCUGCCUGGACUGCUCUGUUAUUAUGGUUAAUAUUUUUAUAUGUGUUUGAGCAGCAGGAGGGCAGAGUGAAAGGAGGAGGAACUCAGUGAUUUCAUGUGUAAAUGUUUUCUGAUUCAUGUUUCACAGAAUGAGAUUAAACGAGUUGCAAACACAGAGGUAUUAGUUUGGAUCCGUCCUUCAGGGUCACAGCAUCACUGACAGCAUCAGUAACAUGUACUGAGUAGUCUGACACUGUGAUGUUGUUUGAAAGGAGCUCAGCACAAACACACUCUGGAGGUGCAGUUGGCGUCCCUCUUUACCUGUCAGUCAAAGAGGCCACGCCCCUAAUUAUUGCAAACUUUUUUGGGCAGUCUUUGUUACACUGUUCGCUU